AUGAACGUAUCUGGCUUCAACGAACAGCGGCCUGAAGCCGACGCGCUCGACGCGGUUGAGGCCAUCGACGAGCACACCUCGCUCCUCCACCCACCACCAACACCACCAUUGACAUCAUCAUCAUCCUCCGCCUCCUCCCUAUCAAUAACCACAGCCGAAGCCAUCUCCCGCAUCAUCAAACCCCAGGCCAACUUCCACCCCCAUCAAGACGAAGAAAGCCAGGCCACCACACUCACCAGAGAUGACUCCCUCUAUCAUCGCGACUUAUCCCCUUCUUCUGCCUCAACGCUCAUCCACCCCGACCGAAACCACUAUGACCACCAUCCCCACCACCUCUCAGGCGGGCAAUGGAGGAAGAACCUGGUCCUCCUCCUGGCCGUCUUCCUCGUCAACUCCGACAGCGCCAUCCUCCUGGCCAUGUUCCGCCAGAUCGCCAGCGAUUUCGACAAGCUGAGCUCAGCGAGCUGGAUCAUCACCUCGUACAUCAUCGGCGUCAUCGUCACUCAGCCGUUGUUUGGAAAGUUGAGCGACAUUUACGGGAGAAAGCUAAUGCUCAUCAUCGCUUACAUCUUUUACAUCCUCGGUGGUGUUUUGGCCGGUGCUGGGUUUUCCUUUUGGGGUGUUUUGCUGGGGAGGGGAUUGUGUGGCGUGGGCAAUGCUGGGAUUACGGUGUUGAUUUCUACGUUGAUUGUUGACCUCGUCCCAAUCCGCGAAGUCGCCGUCUGGCGCGGCUACGUCUACGCCAUCAACCAAGUCGGCCGCGCCAUCGGUCCCUCCCUGGGCGGAAUCAUCUCCGACACCUUCAACUGGCGCUGGUCGCUCCUUUACCAAGUGCCGCUUAACACAUUUGGCCUCUUGUUCAUCUGGUGGAAGAUGUCCUUUCCCUCCCCGUCGUCACCCUCCUCCUCUUCAGUCUCGACCCCCUCUUCCUCAGCCUCAAGCGCAAAAUCCAAGCUCAAAAGAAUCGACUUCUCCGGCUCCCUAGCCCUCGGUCUCUCCAACGUCUCCCUACUCCUCCUCCUCGACCGGAUCCAACACCCUCCCAGCACCUCUUCCACCUCUUCUUCCAUCUCCUCCCUUGCAACCUUCCUCCAAGACCCCUACACAAUAACCGCCCUCUCCCUCUGGCUCUUAUCCCUCACCUUCUUCUUACUAAUCGAAUCCUUUUGGGCGCGCGAACCAAUCCUCCCUUUACGGCUUUUAUUCCUCACCCGCAACGUCCUCUCUUCCUACGCCAUCCAGUUUUUGCAAACAGUGGCGCAGAUGGCGCUUUUCACCAGCGUUCCGCUUUAUUUCAGGUUGGUGAACGGGGAUUCGUCGGUCAAAGUCGCGAUGCGACUGCUGUUUAUCACCGUGGGCACGGUGCUGGGUGGGCUGGUGAGCGGGGUGGUGAUUAAACGGACGGGGUUGUAUAAGUGGGUUAUUGUGGUGGCUGUUGUGCUUUCGGAUGUCAGUUUUACUGCCAUCUGGCUGAGGUGGAGAGGAGGAGGGGAAGGGGGCACAAACUGGUGGGAAACGGGGUACGGGUUCCCGGUUGGUGUUGGCUUUGGAGUAAGCUUGUCGGCGGCGUUUAUUGGGUUGACUUCUGCUUUGGAGAACAUGGGGAAGAAGCCUGGUGAUGGGGGCAGUCAGGUGGCGGUUGCCACGUCGGGCUUCUACUUGAGUCUGAAUCUGGGAAGUCUGUUCGGGGUAAGCGGAGCGAGUUUGAUCAUUAGCUCGGUUGUUGAGAAGACACUCAGAAAAGAGUUGGAUGGCAUGCCGGGAGGAAUGGAUAUCAUCAAGGAGGUGAUGUCGAAUAUUGACAAGAUUGGGGAGUUACCCGGUUGGUUGAGGGAGGUGGUGAAAGGGGCGUAUACGAGGAGCUUUGUGUAUGUGUGGUUGUAUGCGUUGGUUGCUGGGUGUUUGGCUCUUGGGGCUAGCUUCAUUAUGAAGGAGGGCCAGUUGAAAGACAGUCAGUUGAGUCAUCCGCCAUUUGCUAGAAAGAAGAGAGGUAGCCGUCCUGGUACGGGAAGGCAGGAGGAGCGGGUGCAGAGGAUUGGAUACGACACUUUUGGAAACGGAGGAAACAUGGACAGUGAGGAAGAUUCACAUGUUGCUCAAUCGGGGUGA